GGGGGGCGGGACUCGGUUGCCAGGGAGCGGCGCGGGAGCCCUGAGGGGACUGCGGCGGCUGCGCGGAGGAGCGAGGCGCUUGCUGGGGUCGGGGCUGCGCGACCGCGCAGGGGCUGCGGGGAGCGCGGCGCAGGCCGUGCAGUUCCUAGCGAGGAGGCGCCGCCGCCAUUGCCGCUCUCUCGGUGAGCGCAGCCCCGCUCUCCGGGCCGGGCCUUCGCGGGCCACCGGCGCCAUGGGCCAGUGCGGCAUCACCUCCUCCAAGACCGUGCUGGUCUUUCUCAACCUCAUCUUCUGGGGGGCAGCUGGCAUUUUAUGCUAUGUGGGAGCCUAUGUCUUCAUCACUUACGAUGACUAUGACCACUUCUUCGAAGAUGUGUACACGCUCAUCCCUGCUGUAGUGAUCAUAGCUGUAGGAGCCCUGCUUUUCAUCAUUGGGCUAAUUGGCUGCUGUGCCACAAUCCGGGAAAGUCGCUGUGGACUUGCCACGUUUGUCAUCAUCCUGCUCUUGGUUUUUGUCACAGAAGUUGUUGUAGUGGUUUUGGGAUAUGUUUACAGAGCAAAGGUGGAAAAUGAGGUUGAUCGCAGCAUUCAGAAAGUGUAUAAGACCUACAAUGGAACCAACCCUGAUGCUGCUAGCCGGGCUAUUGAUUAUGUACAGAGACAGCUGCAUUGUUGUGGAAUUCACAACUACUCAGACUGGGAAAAUACAGAUUGGUUCAAAGAAACCAAAAACCAGAGUGUCCCUCUUAGCUGCUGCAGAGAGACUGCCAGCAAUUGUAAUGGCAGCCUGGCCCACCCUUCCGACCUCUAUGCUGAGGGGUGUGAGGCUCUAGUUGUGAAGAAGCUACAAGAAAUCAUGAUGCAUGUGAUCUGGGCCGCACUGGCAUUUGCAGCUAUUCAGCUGCUGGGCAUGCUGUGUGCCUGCAUCGUGUUGUGCAGAAGGAGUAGAGAUCCUGCUUACGAGCUCCUCAUCACUGGUGGAACCUAUGCAUAGUUGACAACUCAAGCCUGAGCUUUUUGGUCUUGUUCUGAUUUGGAAGGUGAAUUGAGCAGGUCUGCUGCUGUUGGCCUCCGGAGUUCAUUUAGUUAAAGCACAUGUACAUUGGUGUUGGACAGAGCAGCUUGGCUUUUCAUGUGCCCACCUACUUACCUACUACCCGCGACUUUCUUUUUCCUUGUUCUAGCUGACUCUUCAUGCCCCUAAGAUUUUAAGUAUGAUGGUGAACGUUCUAAUUUCAGAACCAAUUGCGAGUCAUGUAGUGUGGUAGAAUUAAAGGAGGACACGAGCCUGCUUCUGUUACCUCCAAGUGGUAACAGGACUGAUGCCGAAAUGUCACCAGGUCCUUUCAGCCUUCACAGUGGAGAACUCUUGGCCAAAGGUUUUUGGGGGGAGGAGGAGGAAACCAGCUUUCUGGUUAAGGUUAACACCAGAUGGUGCCGCUCAUCAGUGUCCUUUUAAAAAAUAUUUACUGUAGUCCAAUAAGAUAGCAGCUGUACAAAAUGACUAAAAUAGAUUGUAGGAUCAUACGGCGUAUAUCUUGGUUCAUCUUCAAAAUCAGAGACUGAGCUUUGAAACUAGUGGUUUUUAAUCAAAGUUGGCUUUAUAGGAGGAGUAUAAUGUAUGCACUACUGUUUUAAAAGAAUUAGCGUGAGUGUGUUUUUGUAUGAAUGAGCCCAUUCAUGGUAAGUCUUAAGCUUGUUGGAAAUAAUGUACCCAUGUAGACUAGCAAAAUAGUAUGUAGAUGUGAUCUCAGUUGUAAAUAGAAAAAUCUAAUUCAAUAAACUCUGUAUCAGCCCCCAA